UUGCUGAAAAGAAAGCUUCAGUUGGAUUCUCAAAAAAAAAAAAAAGCUUCAGUUGGUCGUUUGAUGGAAUCUUAAGCACCAGAAACCAAGUUUGUAGGCAGACGAGGAGGAAAUAUCGACAAGCAAACAAAAGUUUCCGGUCUGAUUGGAAUAACAAAAGCGAAAAAUGGGGCUCCUUAGCAUCAUUCGAAAAAUCAAGAGAAAGGAGAAGGAAAUGCGUAUACUUAUGGUCGGCCUUGAUAAUUCUGGAAAGACAACGAUUGUUUUGAAGAUCAAUGGGGAAGACACGAGUGUCAUUAGUCCUACUCUCGGUUUCAAUAUUAAAACCAUCGCGUAUCAGAAGUAUACCUUAAAUAUAUGGGAUGUUGGGGGCCAACGAACUAUAAGGUCUUAUUGGAGGAACUACUUCGAGCAAACUGAUGGCCUCGUUUGGGUAGUUGACAGUUCCGAUCUUAGACGGUUAGAUGACUGCAAAAUGGAGCUUGAUAAGCUUUUGAAGGAAGAGAGGCUAUCAGGUGCAUCUUUGCUUAUUUUUGCGAACAAGCAAGACAUUAAAGGCGCCCUUACGCCGGAGGAAAUUGCUAAGGUUUUAAACCUCGAGAAUAUGGAUAAAACUCGACACUGGAAAAUUCAGGGCUGUAGUGCAUAUACCGGGGAGGGGCUGCUCGAGGGAUUUGAUUGGUUAGUUCAGGACAUUGCCUCGCGAAUCUAUAUGCUCGACUGAUUCAUCUCUCAAACUUUGCGUUCUGUAAGACGAUGCUUUAAAUGCAUUUUUUUUUGUGUGAAUUGGAACUUUUUGGCAAUUCUAUGAUCUGAAGUGAUUCAAUUUC